UUAGGCAGCGGUGCAGGCGGGUUCGGGUGUCUCCCGGCUCCGGCUCCUGCUGCCGCCGCCUCGUGAGUCUGGGGCCAGGCGGGAAUCAGGCCAGGCGGGCGCUGGAGGGGCGGUGUCGGAGAGGGGGCGGGAUAGGCGGCCCCCGGGAAGCCCCCCACCAUGGGUAACGUCCUGGCUGCCAGCUCCCCCACACCCUCCCCCACCAUGCCGAGUCCUGGAUCUGGGCUGGUGUCAGUGCCUCCUGGCUUCACCAUGCCCCCUGUCAGCGGGCUGGGCCCUCCUGCGCAGGAGCAGCCGGAGGAGAAGGGGGAUCGGCUGCCCAACCCAGGCACCUUUGAGGAAUGUCACCGCAAGUGCAAAGAAUUGUUCCCCAUCCAGAUGGAAGGUGUGAAACUGACACUGAAUAAAGGUCUUAGCAACCAUUUCCAGGUGAAUCACAGCGUCGCUCUCAGCUCUGUGGGCGACUCCAACUACCACUUCGGGGUCACCUAUGUGGGCACCAAGCAGCUCAGCCCCACAGAGGCCUUCCCGGUGCUGGUGGGCGACAUGGACAACAGUGGCAGCCUCAAUGCCCAGAUCAUCCACCAGCUCUCGACCCGGCUGCGCUCCAAGGUGGCCUUCCAGACACAGCAGUCCAAGUUCGUGAACUGGCAGGUGGAUGGAGAGUAUCGGGGGGAGGAUUUCACGGCGGCAGUGACGCUGGGAAACCCCGACAUCCUGGUGGGCUCAGGGAUCCUGGUAGCCCAUUACCUACAGAGCAUCACGCCCUGCCUGGCGCUGGGCGGCGAGCUGGUCUAUCACCGCCGGCCAGGAGAGGAGGGCACCGUCAUGUCUCUGGCUGGGAAAUACACAGCACCGAACUGGAUUGGGACCUUGACGGUGGGGCAAGCAGGGGCCCAUGCAACCUACUACCAUAAAGCCAAUGACCAGCUGCAGGUGGGGGUGGAGUUUGAGGCCAGCACGCGCAUGCAGGACACGAGCGUCUCCUUUGGCUACCAGCUUGACUUGCCCAAGGCCAACCUGCUCUUCAAAGGCUCUGUGGACAGUAAUUGGAUCGUGGGUGCGGUGCUGGAGAAGAAGCUGCUGCCGCUGCCCCUGACGCUGGCCAUGGGGGCCUUCCUGAACCACCGCAAGAACAAGUUCCAGUGCGGCUUCGGCCUCACCAUUGGCUAGAGCCCUCUCCUCCUCCUCCAGCAGCCCUCCUGCCCCCAGUCCCAGUGUCCCCCCCCCAGUCUGCCCUGCGGUUUGAGCUGCCCUGGGACCCUUUGCCCCACCCACCCGCACUGGUGCUGCCCAGUUCAGCC